AUGCUGCUCAGCGCUGUCAUCAAUCAGGACGAAGUCAGGAUUGUUCGUCAACAGUACGCCCUAGAUCUCCAGCAGUACAGGCGACCCGGCGGAACGUACCAGGCUUUCAAUCGGAUCGAGAGCGAGUCUCUGGGCCUAAACCGCUAUGAGGACGUCCAACUUCUGGACCAUUCGCGGGUCAUCUUGAAAAGUUCCGGCGGGAUAGACUACAUUCAUGCAUCGCAUGUAAAAGGUGGACCUUUUCCAAUGAUUUGCGCCCAAGGACCCGUGGACAGGACGAUCGGCCACUUCUGGACAAUGGUUGCAGAAAACAAUUGCGCGGUCAUCGUUCAACUCUGCCAGUACGUCGAGGAUGGGCGGAGGAAAUGUGCAGACUACUUUCCGCAGGGGAAAUCGACCAACUAUGGCAACGUCACUGUGGAACAAAGGGGCCAGACAAAGGAAUCGCCUUCUAACCCGCAUGUGAAAAGGACAUUGUUCAACGUCGCACUGAGAGGAGAAAAGCCCAUGGAUGUAGCGCAUUUCCGGUUCGAUGGAUGGCCCGAUCAUGACGUCCCUGACAAUCCAACUUCGUUUCGCCAAUUCCGACUUGCGAUUCUGCGACAGGCGAUCGAAAAGAAGUGCACCGUACUUAUACACUGCAGCGCUGGAGUCGGCCGCACUGGCACUUAUGCUGCUAUAGAGAUCGCCAUCAGAAACCUGAUCCAGAACGACCACCUGAUCCAGAUGUCGACCGUCUACCGAGCUGUGCGCAAUCAACGGGAGCGGGCAAUUCAAACUGACCUUCAAGUACUCUAAGUGUAACUGUU